UGGCGGCCAGUGAGUACCAGACAGCUCCCGGGUACUUUGACACUCACAGCAGCAGGAACCUCAGCCCCCUCCUCCCCCGCACACCGCUGGCCAUGCCGGCUGCUACAAGGUAAUGAGCCGCAGAGCCCAGGGGUCUCGGCUGAGCAGCGGCACCAAGCAGUAUCAGCGGGGCUGGAAUGACUGGCAACCCAGAACUGAUAGUGCUUCAGCCGAACACGACAAUUUGAAAUAUUCUUCUCGAGAUCGGGGCAAUUCUGCCUCAUAUGGAUCACACACUUCAAAUUCUGCAGGACUUUCUCGGCAAAAGCAGGAUGAGGUCAGAGUCCAUACAGAUGUGCAGAAUGAAGAGGAAGAUAGCUUCGGUGUCAAUGGAGGAGCUGGGGAAAGUGCUUUUGGUCGGAAGUCGUUGGGGCAAGAGCUGAGGGUUAACAAUGUGAGCCCUGAUUUCACCAAUGUGCAGCAUGGAAAUCGUGCUUUAGCAACAAAAGACAUGAGGAAAUCACAGGAUCGUUCACUGUCUUAUUCUGAUGAGUCUCGACUGUCAAAUCUUCUUCGGAGGAUUACCCGUGAAGACGACAGGGACCGAAGACUGGCUACUGUAAAGCAACUGAAAGAAUUUAUCCAGCAGCCAGAAAACAAAAUGGUGCUGGUAAAACAACUUGACAAUAUCUUGACAGCUAUUAAUGAUGUGCUAAAUGAAAGUAGCAAGCUGCUUCAGGAAUUACGGCAAGAGGGGGCACAGUGCCUUGGCCUGCUCUGUGCUGCCCUGAGUUAUGAGGCGGAGAAGAUUUUUAAAUGGGUUUUUAGCAAAUUCAGCUCAUCCACUAAAGAUGAAGUCAAACUUCUCUAUUUAUGUGCGACCUACAAAGCUCUAGAGACUGUGGGAGAAAAAAAAGCAUUUUCAUCUGUGAUGCAGCUUGUUAUGACCAGUCUCCAGUCAAUUCUGGAAAAUGUGGAUACUCCAGAAUUGCUUUGCAAAUGUGUGCAGUGCAUUCUGCUUGUGUCCAGAUGCUACCCCCAUAUUUUCAGCACCAAUUUCCGGGACACAGUUGAUAUUUUGGUUGGUUGGCACAUAGAUCACACCCAGAAACCAUCUCUCACACAGCAGGUGUCAGAUGUGACAGGCUGGUUGCAAAGUUUAGAGCCGUUCUGGGUUGCAGAUCUUGCAUUUUCCACCACUUUGUUGGGUCAGUUUCUUGAGGAUAUGGAAGCUUACGCAGAGGAUCUUGGCCAUGUAGCCUCAGGAGAAUCAGUUGAUGAAGAUAUCCCUCCUCCAUCUGUCUCAUUACCAAAACUGGCCGCUCUCCUCAGAGUUUUUAGUACUGUGGUUCGAAGUAUUGGAGAGCGAUUCAGCCCAAUUAGAGGACCUCCCAUCACCGAAGCGUAUGUUACAGAUAUUCUCUAUCGUGUAAUGAGAUGUGUGACAGCUGCCAACCAGGUGUUCUCUUCUGAAGCUGUGCUCACAGCUGCCAAUGAAUGCGUUGGUGUCCUGCUUGCUAGCUUGGAUCCUAGCAUGGCUAUUCACUGUGACAUGGUAAUCACAUAUGGGCUAGAUCAGCUAGAGAACUGCCAGACGUCUGGUACGGAUUAUAUCAUCUCAGUGCUGCAUUUACUCACCCUAAUUGUCGAACAAAUUAAUACAAAAUUACCAGCAACUUUUGUGGAGAAGUUAUUUGUACCUGUAUCUAAGCUGCUGGCCCUAAGGUACCAUAAAGAGAAGGAGGUUGUGGGCGCGGCUCAUGCUGUGUAUCAAGCAGUACUGACACUCAAGAACAUUCCUGUACUGGAGACGGCAUACAAGUUAAUUUUAGGAGAAAUGACCUGUGCUUUAAACAAUCUUUUGAAUUAUCUGCAGCUGCCCGAAACUUGCUCUGAAAUCCAGCAUGAAGCUUUCAAGAAUCUCACAUUCAGUGUGGACAACGCCAAAUUUGUCAUCACAUUUGAUCUCAGUGUCUUGACAACAAUUGGAAAUGCAAAGAAUUCAUUGAUUGGUAUGUGGGCUCUUUCUCCCACAGUCUUUGCAUUACUGAGUAAGAAUUUAAUGAUCGUGCAUGGUGACAUAGCAGUCCAUUACCCAGCUGUGCAGUAUGCAGUACUCUACACUUUAUAUUCUCAUUGCACCAGACAUGACCAUUUCAUAUCUAGUAGUCUGAGUUCCUCGUCUCCCUCUUUAUUUGAUGGAGCUGUAAUAAGCACUGUGACAACUGCCACAAAGAAGCAUUUCUCUGUCAUUUUAAAUCUCUUGGGAACACUGCUCAAGAAAGAUAACCUAACCCAAGAUGUUCGGAAGCUGUUGAUGAAUUGGGCCCUUGAAGUGUGCAUUCUCAUGAAGAAGUCUGAAACGUAUGCACCAUUAUUUUCUAUAUCAUCUUUCCAUUUGUUCUGCAAAGGACUUCUGUCAAACACUCUAAUAGACGAUGUGUCCAUUAGCCUACAAGCUUGUAAUGGAUUGCACAUCCUGUCCUCUUCCCUGCCUGAAGACCUUCUACACAGGUGUGUGGAUGUGUGCCGCAUGCACCUUGUUUCCAGUGGAACACGCAUCAGACAAUCUUUUGGCAAGCUUCUGAAGUCCAUUCCCCUACAUAUUGUUCUAAGCAGUGCCAACCAUACAGAAAUGCAAGAGAUAUCCUCUGCUAUAAGAAACCACAUGAGCAAAUCACCAAGCAACACGUUCCACCCUCAGGAUUUCUCAGAUGUGAUCAGUUUUGUUCUAUAUGGAAGUGCUCACCGAUUAGGCAAAGACAAUUGGCUUGAGCGUCUGUUUUACAGUUGCCAGAGACUUGAUAAGCGUGACGCUUCGCCUAUUCCUCGCAAUCUGCUGAAGACUGAGGCUGUACUGUGGCAGUGGGCUGUAUGGGAAGCCGCUCAGUUUACGGUACUGUCUAAGCUGAGGACACCUUUAGGAAGAGCACAAGAUACAUUUCAGACAAUUGAAGGUAUAAUACGAAGCUUGGCAGCUCAUACCUUAAACCCAGAUGAGGAUGUCAGCCAGUGGACAACAGCAGAUAGUGAUGAAGGGCACGGUAACAACCAGCUGAGGCUAAUCCUUCUCCUACAGUACCUAGAAGACCUGGACAAACUGAUGUAUAAUGCUUAUGAAGGAUGUGCUAACGCGUUAACUUCUCCUCCCAAGGUCAUCAGGACAUUUUUUUAUACUAACCGUCAAACAUGCCAGGACUGGCUCACCCGAAUUAGAAUUGCCAUCAUGCGGGUUGGACUGUUGGCUGGGCAGCCAGCGGUAACGGUCAGGCAUGGCUUCGAUUUGCUUUCAGAGAUGAAGAACAGUAGUGUACCUCAGGUACCUGAACUGGAAUUGACGGUAAUGAUGGUGGUAGAAGCACUUUGUGAACUUCAGUGUCCUGAAGCCAUACAGGGUCUUACAAUUUGGUCAUCAGCUGUUCUUGGAAAAAGUCUGUCUUGGAUUAAUUCUGUUGCUCUCCAAGCAGAUGGGAGGUUUGAGAAAGCUGCUGUUGAAUAUCAGGAACACUUGUGUGCCAUGACUGGACUCGAUUGCAGCACCCCGGGAUUUGAUAAGACCGUUUUAAAGUUGGCUAAUUCCACUGGCAAUUCUGCCAGCCCAAAGCAUACAAAUGGUGAUGCUCGUAAAACUGUCCUGACAAAACAAAGUGAGGCGCUGCCAGAGGUUAUGAACUACCUGGCUAACAAAGCCUGUGAAUGCUACACCUCAAUUGCUGAUUGGACGGCAGUGCAAGAAUGGCAGAACACCAUGCAGGACUUGAAAAAGAGCUCAUCUGGCUCUUGUAUAAACCUAAAGACUGAUUUCAACUACAUCAAAGCUCUGAGCAGCUUUGAAUCAAGUGAGUUUCUUGAAUGCACAGAACAGCUUGAAUUACUACCUGGCGAAAAUAUAAAUCUUCUUAAUGGAGGAUCAAAGGAGAAAAUAGACAUCAGGAAGCUGCUUCCCAGCAUGCUCAGCCCUGACCCAAGAGAACUCCAAAAGUACAUUGAAAUCCAGCUGUUGAGGAGUUCGGUUUGUUUAAACCUGGCUGUGGAUGACACAGAACAAGAACAGAAGUGGCAGGCGAUUUCUGAAAAUCUUACAAGAUACCUGAAACAAACUGCUCGAAUUGCUAUGGGACCAUUAAAACUUUCCACAUUGACAGUAUCGCAGUGCCUUCCCGUAUUGGUAUCGCUGCAGUUAUACUGCUCAUCUGCUCUACAAAACACAGUGUCUAGCAAGCUCUCAUCUGAGGAGUGUUUGAUCCCACUUUGCAGUGAAGCCUUGCGUUCCUGCAAACAACAUGAUGUGAGGCCAUGGAUACAUGCACUGAGAUAUACAAUCUUCCAAAACCAGCUAACUGACAAAGUUAAAGACCAAACAAUAUCGAUGAAAAGCCAUCUUAUGGAAUUGGGUCUGUCAGCUGCAAAAUGUUCACGCAAGCGGGGAAAUAUCACACUUGCUACAAGACUGCUUGCGCAGUGCAGCGAUCUACAGCUUGGGCAAGUUACCAAUGCACAUGACUUAGUAAAUCACUUCAAAAAGCUUUCUUUCCAAGAUCAAAUGGAUGAGAAAUGGGGUCCUGAAUUUGAUAUUGAGAAAGCUAAAUUGUUGUAUGCUGCAGGUCAGUCCACUCACGCCAUGGAAAUGCUUAGUUCCUGUGCCAUCGCGUUUUGUAAAUCCUCGAAAGCAGAGUAUGCAGUUGCAAAAUCCAUUCUUACACUUGCAAAAUGGAUCCAAGCAGAUUGGAAAGAAAUUUCAGGGCAGAUGAAACAAGUGUACAGAGCACGCCAGCAAUCAAACAUCCCCAGCUUGUCUACUCUUGGUAAAAAUGUGCACACUUUGAUUGACAUGCCCCCUAUGAAUGCCAUGGAAGAGGAAUAUCCCCGUAUUGAAAGUGAAUCUACAGUGAGCAUAGGAGUUGGUGAAUCAGAUUUUAUUCUUGGCCAGUUAUAUCACUUGUCCUCUGUGCAAGCCCCAGAGGUUGCCAAGUCGUGGGCAGCACUAGCCAGUUGGGCCUAUAGAUGGGGCCGUAAAGUAGUAGACAAUGCUAGUCAGGGAGAAGGCGUAAAGUUAUUACAGAGAGAAAAAUCUGAAGUGCAAGGCCUGCUGCCAGAAAAUAUUUCUGAAGAUGAUAAAGAAAAGAUCUAUGGCAUUCUUGGCCAAGCGAUGUGCCGACCGGCUGGAAUCCAGGAUGAAGAUAUGUCCCUUCAGAUCACUGAAAAUGAAGACAAUGAUGAAAACAACAUGGUAGAUGUUAUCUGGAGACAACUUGUAGCAAGUUGCCCAAUGCUGGCAGACCUAGAUGAGUCCGUUUCACAAGGUCUCCUCAGCCUCUGGAGAAAAGUAGUGGACAGAAUCUUCAGUCUAUACAAGUUGUCCUGUACAGCCUAUUUCACCUUUCUAAAGCUGAACGCUGGAAGGGUAUCCCUGGAUGAAGAUGAUCUAAGGGUGCACCUAAAUAACCUUUCUAAGCAGAGUUCAGAUGACGCCAUUGUGAUGGCUACUUUACGAUUAUUGCGAUUGCUGGUCAAACACGCUGGGGAACUUAGGCAGUAUCUAGAGCAAGGUUUAGAAACCACCCCUACUUCUCCGUGGAGAGGUAUAAUUCCCCAGCUUUUUUCUCGCCUCAACCAUCCUGAGGUCUACGUCCGUCAGAGUAUCUGCGAUUUAUUGUGUCGUGUUGCACAGGACUCCCCACAUCUCAUCCUCUAUCCUGCAAUUGUAGGCAGCAUUUCACUCAGCAAUGAAGCCCAGUCUUCAGGUACAAAGCUCUCCUCCGCAAUCCCCACUUUGCUAGGAAAUAUGCAGGAUGAUGAGCUGCUGGGUGGUGAAUGCGAAGAAGAGAGUCCACCAGCUUCACAAGAAAUCAGCAGAGAGGACAUUAAGAAUGGUCUAAAUGAGGACAAAGCCAUGAUGCAUGAUUGUUACAGCAAAAUUGUUGACAAGCUCUCCUCUGCCAGUCCCACCAUGGUGUUGCAGGUUCAGAUGCUUGUAGCUGAGCUGAGAAGAGUCACUGUUCUUUGGGACGAGCUGUGGCUUGGGGUUCUGUUGCAGCAGCACAUGUAUGUUCUCCGGCGUAUACAACAACUGGAAGAUGAAGUGAAGAGGGUCCAGAAUAACAACACCUUGCGGAAGGAAGAAAAGAUUGCAAUCAUGCGUGAAAAGCACACCGCCCUGAUGAAGCCCAUUGUGUUUGCAUUGGAGCAUGUAUAUAGCAUUACUUCAGCACCAGCAGAAACUCCCCAUGAAAAAUGGUUUCAGGACAGCUAUGGUGAGGCCAUAGAAAACGCUUUGGAAAAACUCAGAAAUCCAUCCAACCCAGCAAAUCCUGGAAACAGCUGGAUACCCUUCAAGCAGGUUAUGCUGAGCUUGCAGCAAAGAGCACAGAAACGUGCAAGCUACCUGUUGCGCCUGGAGGAAAUCAGCCCAUGCCUGUCUACCAUGACUAACACAGAGAUUGCACUUCCUGGAGAAGUAUCCGAUAGGGACACGAUUACAAUUCACAGUGUGGGAAGCACCAUCACCAUCCUCCCUACAAAAACAAAACCCAAAAAAUUCAUCUUCCUUGGUUCAGAUGGAAAAAACUAUCCUUAUCUAUUUAAAGGUCUAGAAGACUUACAUCUUGACGAAAGGAUUAUGCAGUUUUUGUCCAUUGUGAAUACCAUGUUUGCAGCAAUAAAUUGUCAGGAGUCCCCGCAUUUUCAUGCCAGACAUUACUCCGUUACACCUCUCGGCACAAGAUCAGGGCUCAUCCAGUGGGUGGAUGGUGCAACUCCUCUGUUUGGACUUUACAAACGAUGGCAGCAAAGGGAAGCUGCUUUACAAGUUCAAAAGACUCAAGAUUCUUACCAAGCACCCCAGAACCAGGCUAUGGUGCCACGACCCAGUGAGCUAUAUUACAGUAAAAUUAGUCCUGCUCUGAAGGCAGUAGGGUUAAGUUUGGAUGUAUCCCGUCGAGAUUGGCCUCUUAAUGUCAUGAAGGCGGUGCUAGAGGAAUUAAUGGAGUCCACCCCUCCAAACCUUCUUGCUAAAGAGCUUUGGUGUUCAUGUUCCACCCCUGACGAGUGGUGGCGAGUUACCCAGUCAUAUGCCAGAUCCACAGCCGUAAUGUCAAUGGUUGGAUAUAUCAUUGGACUUGGAGACAGACACCUGGAUAAUGUCCUUAUUGACAUGACGACGGGAGAAGUGGUGCACAUAGAUUACAAUGUUUGCUUUGAAAAAGGCAAGAGCCUCCGUGUUCCCGAGAAAGUACCUUUUCGUAUGACUCAAAAUAUUGAAACUGCUCUUGGCGUGACAGGAGUGGAAGGGGUGUUCCGACUUUCCUGUGAGCAGGUUCUUCAGAUCAUGAGACGUGGCAGGGAAACCCUACUCACAUUGCUUGAGGCCUUUGUCUAUGAUCCCCUUGUGGACUGGACUGCCGGAGGAGAAGCUGGAUUUGCGGGAGCAGUUUACGGAGGAGGAGGGCAGCAAACAGAAAAUAAGCAAAGCAAGCGCGAGAUGGAGCGAGAAAUCACUCAAAGCCUCUUUUCUUCAAGAGUUGCAGAAAUAAAGGUAAACUGGUUCAAGAACCGGGAUGAGAUGUUAAAUGUGCUUCCCAAGUUGGACAGCAGUUUGGAUGAAUACCUAAACAUACACGAAGAACUUACUGAAGUUGAGAAGCUGCAGACCAAACUAUUGGAAGAGAUGGAAUUUCUAGAAGGGGCUGAAGCAGCAGAACAUCCUUCUCACUCCUUGCAACACCGGUAUUCUGAGCACACCCAGCUACAGACUCAGCAGCGGGCUGUUCAGGAGGCAAUCCAAGUUAAACUGAAUGAAUUUGAGCAGUGGAUCACUCAGUAUCAGACAACUUUCAAAAAUCUAGAAGCCACUCAAUUGGCAGGCCUACUCCAGGAGAUCAGCACCCAGAUGGACUUAGGGCCUCCGAGCUAUGUGCCAGCGACAUCUUUUCUUCAGAACGCUGGCCAGGCGUCCCUUAUCACACAGUGUGAGCAGUAUGAAGGGGAAGUGAGUGCCCUUCUACAACAGCGGAGGUCUGUGUUACGAGGUUGCCUUGAACACCUUCACAACUACGCAACUGUGGCUCUCCUGUACCCCAAAGCAGUGUUCCAAAAACACAGAAUAGAGCAGUGGAAGACUUGGAUGGAAGAACUUAUCUGUGACAUGACAGCUGAUCACUGUCAAGAACUGUACAGAAAGUAUGAAAUGCAGUAUGCGCCCCAGCCGCCACAAGCUGUAUGUCAGUUUAUUUCUGCAACAGAGAUGUCAUUGCAGCGUUACGCUGCAGACACGAAUAGCAGACUCCUCAGACAAGUUGAACGGUUAAAGCAAGAAGCUGUUUCAUUGCCAGUUUGUGAAGAGCAACUAAAGGAAAUUGAGCGUUGCAUUAAAGUCUUUCUUCAUGAGAAUGGAGAUGAGGGUUCCCUGAGCAUGGCCAGUGUGGUGGUGUCUGCCCUCUGUACACUUACAAGACGUAACCUAAUGAUGGAAGGCGCCGCUUCCAGUGCCGGAGAGCAGCUUGUCGAUCUCACAUCAAGAGACGGGGCCUGGUUCUUAGAAGAGCUUUGCAGCAUGAGUGGCAGUGUGACGUGUCUGGUGCAGUUACUGAAACAGUGCAAACUUGUACCCCAGGAUCUGGAUAUUCCAAACCCAUUGGAAGCAUCAGAAUCUGUGCAUCUCGCAAACAGUGUGUACAUCUCACUACAGGAGUUGAAUUCCAAUUUUCGCCAAAUAAUUUUCCCAGAGGCUCUCCGAUGUUUAAUGAAAGGGGAAGUCACUUUAGAACACAUGUUGCAAGAACUGGACAGUCUUAUCGAGCAGACUACGGAUGGUGUAUCUCUGCAGUGCAUGGUGGAAUCUCUGCAGGCCUACCUGCGUAAUGCUGCUAUGGGUCUAGAAGAUGAAGCAAAUGCUCACUACAUAGAUAUUGCAAGAUCUUUACAUUCUCAAUAUGGAGAGUUAAUUCAACCAAGGAAUGAUUCUGUUGAGGAGACGCCAAAAAUGACAGCUGGUCAGAUGCUGUUAGUUGCUUUUGAUGGGAUGUUUGCUCAAGUUGAAACUGCAUUUACUUCGCUAAUUGAAAAGUUACAAAAGAUGGAGAUUCCACAAUCAUGGAGGAAGAUAGACAUUAUCCGCGAAGCACGCAGCACUCAAGUCAACUACUUUGAAGAUGAUGAACUUCGGCGUGUCCUGGAUGAAAUAUUUUUCAUUAAAAGGCUCCAGACUAUAAAGGAAUUUUUCCGACUUUGUGGAACAUUUUCUCAAACCCUGUCUGGAAAAUGUUCACUUGAAGAUCAAAAUCCUGUAAAUGGACCCAUGCAGCUGGUCAAUAUUAAGCCUUUGUACAGAAACACUUGCUUUAGUGAAGACCAAAUGUCUAAGCCAAUCAAAGCCUUCACAGCAGAUUUUGUCAGACAGCUAUUGAUUGGUCUUCCCACACAGGCGCUGGGACUGACCCUCUGCAGCUACAUAAGUGCUUUGGGUGUGGAUAUCAUAGCUCAAGUGGAAGCCAAGGACUUUGGAGCAGAGUGUAAGGUCUCUGUUGAUGAUCUAUGUAAAAAAGCGGUGGAACAUAAUAUCCAGAUUGCAAAGUUUUCCCAGUUGGUCAUUAACCGGGCUACUGUUCUGGCCAGUUCUUACGAUACUGCUUGGAAGAAACAAGACUUGGUGCGUCGCCUUGAGACAAAUAUUGCUGCUUGCAAAACCAGCCUCCAGCGAGUUCAAUUACAUAUUGCAAUGUUUCAGUGGCAGCAUGAAGACUUUUUAAUCAACAGACCGCAAGCUCCACCACCUCGAUCUGCCAUAUUAACCAGCAUGAAAAAGAAACUUCAUACUCUUGGCCAAAUAGACUCAUCUAUAACUGGAGUCCAGGAGAAACUUGCAGCUUUGGAAGCCAGCAUUGAACAAAGAUUAAAGUGGGCAGGAGGGGCUAACCCAGCCUUGGCCCCAGUACUUCAAGAUUUUGAGGCGACCAUCACAGAAAGACGAAAUCUUGUAUUGAAGGAAAACCAAAGAACAAGCCAGGUCACUUUCCUGUGUAGCACUAUACUACAUUUUGAAAGUUUACGCACAAGGACACCUGAGACUUUAAGUUUGGAUUCCAGCCUUUUUGAGCUCAUUAAACGUUGCCAACAAAUGUGUUCAUUUGCUUCACAGUUCAACAGCUCUGUCUCUGAACUUGAGUUGGGAUUGCUGAAGAGAGUGGGAUUGACAGGGGAGAGUGCAAUUGGAAGCCCUGAGUGGCUAGUGCUAACCCACAAACAGCUGACUCACGACAUGUCUAAUCAGAGAACCUUACAAGGGGAAAAGGAGCAACAGAUUGAAACAGUCGGUGAAACCAUCCAGAACCUGGUUGACUGCAUCAAGACUGUGCUUACCUGUCACAACAGGCAGUUGGGAGACGUCAAACAUCUUCUUAAGGCCAUGGCAAAGGAUGAAGAAGCAGCGAUGUCGGAUGGUGAAGAUGUGCCCUAUGAAAACAGUGUUAGACAGUUCUUGGGCGAGUAUAAGUCAUGGCAAGACAACAUCCAGACAGUAUUGUUUACUCUGGUUCAGGCCCUCGGGCAAGUACGCAGCCAGGAACACAUAGAAAUGCUGCAAGAAAUCACCCCAACUCUGAAGGAGCUGAAAAAGCAAAGUCAGAGCAUUUACAAUAAUCUGGUGAGUUUUGCUUCACCCCUGGUAACGGACGCUGCAAACGAAUGUUCAAGUCAAACAUCCUCAACAACAUAUCUUCCCAGCUUUGCUGCAGCUGUGCGCUCUAACACGGUUCAGAAAACUCAACCAGAUGGCAUGUCACAGAAUGCGAAAAGGCCAGUUCAGAAGAAUCUGACAUCAGCAGAUACGCCACCAGGUGUCAUUCCAGGACCCGGCAAGAGUGUUGCUUCAAGCCCUAAAAAGGCUGUCCGGGAUCCUAAAACUGGCAAAGCUGUACAAGAGAGGAAUUCAUAUGCUGUCAGUGUGUGGAAAAGAGUGAAAGCCAAACUGGAGGGACGAGAUGUGGAUCCUAACAGAAGAAUGUCUGUUGCUGAGCAGGUGGACUUUGUGAUAAAGGAAGCAACAAAUCUAGAUAACCUGGCUCAGCUUUAUGAAGGUUGGACAGCUUGGGUGUGAACAAGAAAACAGGAGACCUGCCUGGUUCAGCUAGAUCAGACACCCAACAGAAUCAGCAAAGCCUCAGGCAUCCACAGCCGCUCCAAGUCCGGUGGUGAUGCAUACUGGGGCUUAAUAUGAGGAAACCUAGGAAAAUCCCAGUGCAGUGGGACGGAACUCCCAAAGGAAAGCUGCACCCAGAGAAAUGUUAAAACACCAAUGGUCAGCAAUCCCCAGGGGCACCGAGUACAACGCUCAAUGGAUAACACGAUUGUCUUUCUGCUACAGAAGAACUGCCGCUGCAUCAAGAGGGGUAGGUGCAGAAAGAAAUUGAUAUCCUACAGACCAGAGAGUGAUCCCGAACUCUCUUCCAUGUGGCCCUGUCAACAAUUGAGGAAAUGCUAAACGCAGAUGGAAAGGGGGAAAACUGGGGUCAUCAAGGAUUCGCAGUGAAGAGGUUUCAGAUUUUUUGGGUUACACUUGUUGCUUGGCCGCACUGCUGGCUGAGUUGAGCAGUAGAGGCUAGGAGAUAAACGCAUGGCCUUUUUGAUAUCUGCUGAAAAAAGCAGCCAAAGAACAGAAAAACUACGUGGGAUGGACUUCUGAGAAGAAUAAGCCUUGUUCUCCAUUCUUUUCUUCCCCUAAAUUCUUGUAGUUUAGGAAUACUUGUUUAAUUUCAAAUAUUGUACGUCAUAUUGUAGUCAAGCUUGCAGCUUUGUUUCUGUUUGAUAGUUGGUCAUUAAUCCGAGCACAUUCAGAACCUUGGAGAGUAGUAUUUUCCAGUUUAUAAAAAAUGCUUUUCUACUUGCCAUUUUCUGUAUCUCCGAUCACUUAGUUUCUUAAAAUAAUCCCCAACUAUUCAUUUAAAGGUUAUGGAGUUUAGCAGCUUUUAAUUUCUUGUACUCAUCUAAAGAUGUGAAUUGAAAUUUUUUCCUAAUCUGCUACAUCUCAAGUCUCCAUCUUUUUCUUUAUUUUAAUUUUUGUAAUUAGAAACUGUAAUCUUGACUAUUUUUUUUGUUUUUGUUUUGUUCUUAAACCAACCUAGAAUGACUUGUGGAGGUUUACAAUGUGUCUGACCGUCAACAAUAAAGUGAUGUUCUGGUGGAGGUGUAGUGAAAUGUUUAAUUCACAUUUGAAUGUAAGAUUUAUCAUUUUACACUUGUGGUUUUAAUUCCUCCACUUAGAAAGUUUUAAUAGUAAAAAAAAAAAAAUUAUAUAUAUAAAAUACAAACAGGACAUGCGCCUUUUUCUUUUCUUUUUUUUCCCAGAAUGUGAACAGCUUUGUGAAUUAUUCUUCCAAUUAGUUCCAAUUAUUUUACCAGUGUUUUAUGAAGUUUUUUGCAUUUACAAUGUGGUCCAGGUUUUUCUAAACUUAGUUUUGAACUAAUUUUGUGCCUCUUGAAUUUAUUACACGUUACCUUCCUUUUUUUUUUUUUUUUUUUUUUUUUGCUCCUUAUUUCUCCAAGUUUUGCAAUAAGUUGCAUACAGUAACUAUAAAGCAAUGUAUUUUAGUAAUUUCCAACAAAAAAAGAGUGAACUAAAAGCCUUUUUUUGCUUUUUAGUCAAAACCACUAUAAUACAGAUGUUCUAAAAUUCCUAAACAAGUAAAUUGUUGAGCCAAUUCAGCGAAUGGUUUUAAUGGGUCGUACAUUGUAACUCUUUGCAAUCACUAAAUAUGUAGUUAUUUUGCACAUAUUUUCAGUAAACCUGUAAUGGUGGUAAUUUACAAUAAGUAGGUGUAUUGCUUCCUGGAAGUCAAAUUAAAGCUUGCCCUAAUUUUAUUAACCUACAACCCAGUCUUGGGGUCAUGAAGAGCACACAUUCUGUCUGGUUAAGUAAAUAUUGAUUCAACCAGCAAUUCUUUGUACCAGCAACGUUUCAGUAAGAACGACUGAGUGCGCUUGUCAUUAAACUAAUUGUAUUUAUAUAUUUUUUUUCCAGUCACAAGUAUUAAUACAUAGGCAAAUCCAAAGUUCAGACAAAUGUUAAUAUUUGCAGCAAGAGUAUAUUUUUAAUUUAUGUAAGAAUGAUCUUAAUUACUCCAGUUGGCCAGCUAAGAGUAUUUAAAUACUGAGUUAUGCAUGCUGUCUUGUGUAUCAGUAAACAUCAGCAGACGUUUCUAUUCGCAUAUGGUGAUGAUAGGACUUUAUUAACUUAAUGUGGAGGAAUGACGCUCUUUGUCCUAUUUUACAGAUCGUAUUUAAGAUUCUUAUGAGCUAUAGAAACACUGCAUAACAGCAGUUUCUUACAAGAUUGUUAAAAUGAAUCCACUUCACAAAGGCACCUGUAAUAUUAUAUUGCUUUAAAAUUCAAAGCUCUAUGAAGAUACAGAUUCUAACUUGUUUAAAUAAAAUGUUCUUUAUUUACUGA